AAGCAGAUAUAAACAAAAACAUGUGUUAGAGGGGAGAGGACGGACUGAGCAAAGAGCCGGUGUACCUUUCUCUUUUCUGGCAUACCGGGAAUACAAACAGCUAGUGGCGGUGGAAAAAAAUAACACUCUAGAGAUACAGUAUACCGUUAAAUGCAAACCACUAGCGGACUGCCAUUUUCAUGAAUUAUGACCAGUAGUCUGAGUAUGUGUGGAUGACCUGAGUGACCAUAUAUAUCCGGGGUAUUUGCAUGAUCGGAACUGACAAAAGCGGUAGCAAGCGCCUCACAUGCACUCGUCGCGGUGGCCCGCUAUGUUAGCAUAAGGCACAUGGCUCGCGGUACAUCAGCCAGUCUGACGGUCGGCGGACGCUACGCAACUACUCAGACAUCUACUGGUGCAGAUCAGCUAGCGUACAGAAAGCAGGAGUACGAAACACAGGAGUUAAGACUGUAGACGGGGUAAUCUAUCAAACCCGGGGACAGCGCAGGCAUAAGCGCUACUAUAACCACUAUUCAGGCCGGGAUCAUUUCCUACUGCCUGCCUAAAAAUUCGGGCGCUCUGUUAUUAGAGCGGUCAGUUUUGCUGCAUGCGAGCAUCGACCAGUGUCUGGAGAGCCGGUGUUGCAAUAUACACGUACAGUUAUUACGAGCAUCUGGGCAAAGGUUCAAGUGCGAGAUUGGGGACGUGGACAAAGCCGCUGUCUGACCGCCGCUGGGUGACUGCCGCGCUGGGUGUGGCUGACUCAGCUAAGCGUAAACUGACGCACUCCUCCCAGAGGAUGCCUUGUUUUAUGGGCUGAAAAGUUUCAACACAUCCUGUAUAAACAUCGUCUUCAUCACUUACAUUGAUCUGGUAAACUUUUAUCGGCGAUCCCCACACAUCGUUCUUUUUAUAUUACUUUUACUGGAUGCAUGAAAUUUAGUAGGAGAUAAUAAUGGUAUAUUGUUGCGGGUGAGAAUGAAAAAAAAGAGACUUCUGUGGUUGGGACAAGCCAGUUGUCAAGGUAACAAAGGACGCGAUGAGUAAUGAGAAGUGUUCUUUUUUUUCUCUGGUUGGACCGGGCAUGUGUGUACGUGUGACAAAGCGCGACGCCAGGGUUUAGGGCGCGUGGAGCUUUACAUGAGCUCAUGCUAUCAUUGUGUCUACAUCAAAUGACAGAAAGGGUUCAGAAUUGGAUUUACGUGACUGUGGAAGGAUGAAGUUUGCCUACGACUUCCUCACUCAGUGUGCUGUGCUCUUGUUACACUGUUAUUCUCUGGUGAUAUAUGCCCGGGUGUUAAGUGAUGACGUAUCCUCCCCGCGGAUUCUACCCACGCCCACGAACCUGACAGUGGCAGCGGGGGACGUGGCCAAGAUCGAAUGUAAAAUACAGAAUCUCGGCGGGAGAACUGUGGUGUGGAGAAGAGCGUCAGAGCCUAAUCCCUUGUCCAUAGGGACGAUGCCAUAUACGGAAAAGCACCGCAUUCGUGUGCAACACAGGGGCCAACUGUGGACGAUUUACAUCGGCAAUGUCCAGCCAGCCGAUAGCGGCGUCUACGAAUGUCAGAUUAGCUCCAAAGAAAACCUGAGGAAAUUGUUCAUGUUACGUGUUAACGGUACCGGAACCGGCACAGGACUGUAUCCUAAAGACGUCGCGGAUACUUCGGGGACCAUGAAACCGACGAUCCACGUCCGUGGUACGGAGGUUGUUGAAGUUGGUCAACCGAUACGUCUGGAGUGCAACACAUCCAGGAUUGUCGACUCACCGCAAGCUUUAGAUUGGUUCAGGAACGGCGAUAAAAUCAGGCCAAAUUUUAGCAGAAAAGUUACCAUAAAAAGUGGCGAGCUGCGAGGUACGGGUUUGUUCACGAGCAGGCUGGAGAUAGAGCACAGCCAGAAAAGCGAUACGGGAAUGUAUCUAUGUCGUAAUGCCGAAGAGGACGUGGCUAGGAUCUAUGUAGAUGUGCUCAACACAUACAGCAGCAAUGUAAAAAGAGGAGGUUCCUUGUCAUCCGAAGGGUCAGGGAGUAGCAAAGGAAGUGGUUCCAGCCCGAUGUGCAGUGUGUGUCAGUUAUGGGCGCUGGUUACAGUUUGUCUGUCUUUGCUGCUCCUCUAGGGCUGUGCCAACUACUCUGGAACACUUAGUGCCAGUGGAUUGGUUUGGUCCGAUGUUUACACCGAUGAUGGCAACUGUAAAAAGGAAUAGGGGAAAAGCGCUGUUAACAAUGCCAACCUACAUGGGAUUUCAGGUUAACCACUGGCUUGAUCUGCAGGUUAAGGAAAUACCACAUGAACUACAGAGUGGUAGGAGACACUGUGACCGUGAACACUGAAUAUUAUCACUGUGAAGUCAAAAUUUACAGAACUCUUCAUCUUGAUAGUCGGGUCAAGAACUCUGGUGUGACAAUACCAACAGACCAUAAGAGGAAUACUGUGUUUCAUUUGUUAAGGCCUCUCACAUGUAAGUGUCAUAAACUUUCAACGCACCAGGAAUGCAAAAUGACUAUUAAGGUGCCAAGUUUGUCAGCAAUCACAAAAUGUCUUUUGUGAAACAUGGGAGUCCUCAGGAAUAUUAACAGUGACAAGAAGAUAGAGAAGUAUUGCAACCACAGUAGAGGAGGAUUGAAUGCCACUUGAAUUUACAAUAACAGCUUAAUGAAGGGAGACCUUGGAUGGGAGGGAUUUUCAGUGCUUUAAUAUAUUGUUGCAGAAUCACCAGAAAAAAAUUCAUUAGUGUAAUUAAUGAGAGUAACUACACAUAACUGUUUCACGAUUGAAUUCUAGUUGUAAUACACAUGUAUGAUAUUAACACAAUAAAACAAACCCAGCUUUACGUAAGAUUCAUCCCAAAACAGAUACAUAUGUACAACCUUAAUGAACGAACCAAGACAAAGAGAGAGAGAGAGAGAGAGA